GAUCUGUGGAGUUACCUCAGGAUCGUGCCAGAGUACCAGGGUUUGAAGCAGAGGGAGGAAAACACCCACUCUUCAUAAAGGCCGCCUGACAUCCUGGGCUGCCCAGGCAAUGUGGAAUGGAGACCCCAGAACCCAGCUGCCCGGGCCCCUCUGCCAAGGACAAGCCGAUCCCGGUGGUUGGCCUCCCAGGAGCCUCAAGUGGCCAGGCCUCCCCGCGCCUGACCCUGGGCCCGGUCAUCCUGCCACAAGAGCAAGGCCUGCACUCUGCCGUGUUCCUGAAGGCCCUGCCCAUCCCUUUAUACCACACGGUGCCUCCUGGGGGUCUCCAGCCGCGCGCGCCCCUGGUGACGGGCAGUGUGGAUGCGGGCGGUGUGCCCUUCAUCCUCAGCCCCUUGCUGCAGCCCGAGGGGCCUGGCCCUUCCCAGGGGGGCAAGCUGGGUGCCCCAACACUGACGGUGAACAUCGUGGGGGCCCUGCCAGUCCUGUCUCCGGGCCUGGGGCCCACGCUGGGGAGCCCAGGCAAGGCGAAGAACGCUGGCAAGUACCUGUGUCCCCACUGCAGCCGGGACUGCCUGAAGCCCAGCGUCCUGGAGAAGCACAUCCGCUCACACACGGGCGAGAGGCCCUUCCCCUGCGCCACCUGCGGCAUCGCCUUCAAGACCCAGAGCAACCUGUACAAGCACCGGCGCACACAGACGCACCUCAACAACUCCCGGCUGUCCCUGGAGUCAGAGGCGGGCAGGAGCAGCCUGGGGGAGGAGGAGAGCCGGGUUCGAGAGCCCCCCAUAGCAGAGAGCGGAAGUCAGGGGGCAGAAAGAGCCCUCUCCCCAGGCCUCCAUCUGUCUCCUGCUGCCCAGAGCCUAGAAAUGAAGACGGAAGCUGCCCCCUGCCCGGGGGCGACCCCUGCCCACCGAGAGGCCCCCGCCGACCACACCCAGAUGGCCUCGCCAGGGCUUCCCCUGGCCAGCCCGCAGCCUCGCCGGAAGAUUCUGGAACCCAAGCCCUGCUCCCUGCCCCGGCAGCAGGAGACGACCUCGGAAAAGCCCUGGGACACCAAGGCUUCCGAGGGCCGGCUGAGGAAGUGUGAGAGCACAGACUCGGGGUACCUGUCCCGCUCGGACAGCGCCGAGCAGCCGCCCGUCACCUCCAGCCCCCUCCACAGCCUGUCGGAGCACAGUGUGGAGUCGGAGGGGGAAGGAGGCCCCGGGCCCGGGCUGGGGGCUGUGGAGGCCGAGGCGGGGGCUCCGGGGCCCAGCCUGGAGCUGGAGAGGAAGCAGCUCGAGGAACGCAUCGCCCGGCUCAUCUCGCACAACCAGGCCGUGGUGGACGACCCUCAGCUGGACCACGUGCGGCCCCGCAAGACGGUGCUGUCCAAGCAGGGCAGCAUCGACCUGCCCAUGCCCUACACCUACAAGGACUCCUUCCACUUCGACAUCCGGGCCCUGGAGCCGGGCCGCAGGAGGGCCGUGCACAGCCCUGCCCCUUCUACUUUCCCCCCACUGGACAAGUCCCGGCCCCUCUUCUUCCACUCUGUCCCCACCCAGCUCUCCACCGCUGUGGAGUGCGUCCCUGUCACCAGGAGCAACUCGCUGCCCUUUGUGGAAGGCUCCAGGACGUGGCCGGAGCCGCGGGACCUGGGGGACAUCUUCCCUAGGAUGCAGAAGCCCCCGAGCCCCAGGCUUCCUCCGGCCCGCCUGGGCUGCCGCUCCAGGAUGACCUUGGCUGAUGUCCCCAGCGGCCACCCCCGGGCUCUGGUGCGGCAGGCUGCCGUGGAGGAGAUGCUGUGUGUGUCCGGCGGGGACACCUCCGCCCCGGCCGAGGACCUGGACAGGUCCGUCUGCAAAGGCCACGUGGCCAGCAGGAAGGGCCGCCCCAGGAAGGGGCAGAUGUUCUCCCAGGAGAAGUGGCAGGUGUACGGGCACGAGACAUUUGAGAGAAUCUACCAGAAGACGAAGAGCAGCCACCAGGGGGGCCAGAAGUCCAGGGAGGUGAGAGGGGAGCCGGGGACCGAACCCCAUCUCGCCCCCCAGGAAGAGGCAGCCGGGGCGGACAGCGCAGCCCCGGCCCAGGUCCCCAGCACCUCUGUCCACACAGCCGCAUCUGCAGAGGCCCGGUGGGGGGCUGGGGGCAAUCUGCCCACCCCGGAGAACUCCUCGGAGGCUCAGCCCGCUCCACAGGGGAAGGCGGCGGCGGGGGCCAGAGGCAGCAACCCGCCCCGGCAGGCCACAACGGCGUCCCCCUCACCCCUUGGCAGUGGGGUCCCCCCCUCUCUGGGCACCAGGAGCGCUCUGCUUCCUCCGGAUGGGAGGCCAGAGCCCCUGCCAGGGGAGGGCCCACGGACUUCUGGGCCAGCUGUGCCCGACGCCACCAACGCCAGGCAGGAAGCCGACGGGGAGGCCGUGAAGAUCAGUCCCUGGGCCCAGGCUGCACCAAGGCGGCUCAGUGGCAGCGCCGGGGAGCCCCCGUCUGCAGAAGACAAGCUCCCAUCGGAAAGGAAGAAGCUGAGGGUGGACGGGACAGGCCUGCAGGAGCAGUUAGGGCCCCCGGGAGUGGACACCCCCGGCGGCCCUGUGCGGGUGGCCUCCCUGCCGUCCCAGAUGCAGGGCAGUGACCCACAGGGGGGUUCAGAGAGGUCUCGGGAGGGUACCAAGUGCCCCGCGGACCCCCUGGCCCACCCGGGACAGACAGGGUCCCGGGGGGAGGAGCCCACACCACGUCCGGCCCCCAGGGUCUCAGGACCCCACCUCCAGCUGGCUCCCCACCCCGGGACUCCAGAGGCCCCAGUGGCCCUGACCCACAGCACCUUCCCCCCCAAGUACCUCCUCAGGUUACCUCAGGGAGAGACCCACCCCCCGCCGCCCAUCCCCCCGCUGCCAGGGCAGCACCCAGACUCCCCUUGCUCAAGUGGGCAGCUCAAAGGACAGGCAUCUGCUGUUGGGUCAGUACCAGGGUCAGCCCAGCCUCCUGACCCAGCCUUAGGCCCAACCCCAGGGGAAGCAGAGGGGCUUCUAGAGGACCCCAGCAGGCCCAGGCCAAGGGACAGAGGAGAAGAGGCACAGGCAGGAAGUGAAAAGGGAGACAGGGUCAGAGCCAAGGUCCCCGACACCAGGGAUUCUCCCAGCCUUGCCCCAGGGCUCCCCUGGGAACCGGCCCCCUUCCCCCCCACACCCACAGGCCACGGUCCCCUGGCCAGGGACUCCGCCAUUCACCUCAGCCAAGACAGUACGUCAGCAGAGGCCCAGGGCCCUGGGGGUCUUCUGAAUUCCUGGGUACCGCCCCAGGAGCCCGUGCAGCCUCACAAGAAUGCCCCAGAAGACUCUGUUCCGGAGCCCCUGGCCGAACUCCGUCCCUGCUGCCCCUCCCAGUCCAGCUCCUCCCGCACAGCCCUCACAAGGCCACAGGGCUGGGCCCCGAGCCUGCCAGAACCAUGCCUGCCGGGCGGCAGGGCCCAGAGCCCCUUCCCCUCCCUGCGGGCCGAGCCACGGCUCACGUGGUGUUGCCUGAGCCGCAGCCUGCCUCUGCCUGCCGAGCAGAAGGAGAGAGCGGAAUCGGUGUACUCCUCUUGGUACUGCCCUGGAAGCCACCUGCAGGCCGAGGGUCCCCUGGCCCUGCCCACCGGCACUAGAGGAUGGAUCAGGACGAGCCCUGGAGCGGGAAAGCCAGCACCACAGACGCCAGAGCUCUGCUACCCAGCGGUCCAGGGGAUGAGGUGCCGGGGCCUGGUGUCAGACCCAGAGCGGAAGAAGGGACCAUGGCGCAGGAGGGUGAAGGCAUCUCGUGGGAGCAGCAAACAGAAGAAACCGAGGCUCCAUCCCAAAAGGUGCGAAGGAAGUUUCUGGCAGAGCCACACUCAGCUGAGAGCCAGCAGACUUCACAAGCUGCCCUGGGGACCCCGCGGCCGCUGCCUUCCUCCCCUGCUCAAGGGACAAGAGCCACGCGGGCCUCUCAGGCGAGCUUCAUCGGAAAUGGCAGGUGUCAGUCUGCGAGGAGACCCAUCUGAUGCACAACUGUCCCUUGGUCAUGGGAAUGAAGAGAGGAAGGAAGAGGACUGUGGAUUGUGCCCAGAAACCUUCACUCCUAGUGAAAGCUCAAGGCCCUCCCGGGAAAUGGACAGAGUAAGGGGACAGGAUACUUCUCUAUCUACUGGUGAGCAUGGUGACUGUUCUCAUUUGGAUGUAGCUGAUGCUUCAGGAUUAUCUGUGCAACCGCCCACUGGCUCAACGCUGGGGAAGGCUGAGGCUUUGCUCCAGGAUAAAGGUCUUGACUUUGUGCUGCUGCCAUCCCAGGACCACGACGCCAUAGAUCCCAGACCAUGCAUUUCCUCAGAUGCUCAAGCGUCUUCUUCCAGUGAGUGCAAAGGCACUGCUCCCUACCAAGCUAUUGCUACCUCUGUGGCCGCUGCUUGUAUUCCUCUGGGAGUUCAGGGUACAGAUGUGCAAGCCCACCACCAAGCUGUAGAAGAGGCUCAGCCACAGAGCUCCCCGGAUGGACGAGUGGCGGCAGAGGCCACAGCACUGACAUCCUUGACAGAAACGCCUUUAUCUGGACAAAAGGCUGUGGGGUUAGCUCUGCUGGGCUCACCUAGAAAGACACAUCUUGAAAUACCAGCUUCAGGACCAAGUUCAGCUAGUUCACCACAAGAGGAAGGGAGACACCAGACAGCUUUUCCUUCCAGUGCUCAGUACAGGGGUGGGGACACGGCCAUCCCCUGCCCUGCUCUCGGUCUGGGCAGUGGGAAAUGUCAACCACCAGGAUUAAUCUCGCUGAGGGGUAGUGAGGCUUCUCCUAGCCUGGGGCAGCCCUCAGAAUUUCCCGAAGCACCUUCUCGAUCCGUCAGGAAGAGGAGUUUGGAAGGAAUGAGGAAGCAGACUCGGGUAGAGCUCAGUGACACCAGCAGUGAUGAUGAAGGCCGACUUGUCAUAGAGAUAUGACACUUCCAAAGAAAGAUGGCAUCUAAGCCCAGGACUAGAUAGCAUUUACUAGUAAACGCGAUCCAUUUGACCAGAAGUACCAGACUUUAUUAAAAACAAAAACAAACAAACAAACAAACCCUAUAGCCAGGAAAGCCAUUUGGGGUUCCUCUCAAGCCAACUCCAACUAAGACCAGACCCCAGUUGAGCCACGCCAUUGUUCUGGGGCAGGUAGGUACAGCCUAGAGUGGCUCAUGUGCACAGGGUCUAGGCCUUGACUCGUAGCUUCGGCCUCAGAGCCAGCCUGCAAGUCUGCUCACUUUUUCCUCACUCCCUUAGAAUGGCCACCAUCCUCUGUGGGCCUUCUGGUCUUUGAGGUCUGGUGGUCAGAGGGUUUCACAGAGUCCGGACAGCCAAGUUCUCCAUUAGGAAGUUGAGAGUCUGCUAUGAGGCAGCAAGCAUCCCUGGGUAAUGCGGAGAGCUUGCAAAAGAAGAUAGGGCUGUGAAUUACCAUCCAGAUACUUGUAGAUUCAUUCCAAUACUGGUUUGGAAGUUGUACAUAUACUUCAACAUGCCUAUGGUCUGGCGAGGUACAGAUACUUUUCCAUGUUGCACAAAUGGUCGAUGCUCAUUUAUGGUCAAGCAACAGAAGCUCACCCUGCUCUUGUCCCUGGUGCCUUUACUGUAAGACCCCAAGACUGUUGAUUUUUCUAGCUCUCUCAAAGGAACUCUGUGUUAAAAAGUCAACAGAACUGUCUCUCUGUAAUGAGUCAUUUUUCUGAGGGGGAAAAAUUCACUUAUUUUCCUCAGAUUCUCUUUGUCAUAUUGUGCUCUGAGCAAUUUCAAUUAGAGGGUUACAUUUUAGUAAUCUGUGCAGCUUCAAUUGAUGCCUGCGCCUUGUGACGGGAGCCUUUUAGAUUUCCUCCAGAAGCCUCAAGGAUACAAAACUAAUUGGAGUUUUGACGCUGUUUUACAUCUCAGUAAUUUUAUUUUGGGGGCUUGGUGUUACUUUGCUGUCAAAUUAAAUCAGCCUCUGUAUUGUGUAAGUCAGAAUAGCACAGAUAAAAUUCCCCAGUAUUCCAAGCCAGUGCGCCCUGUGCCGAGAAAGAAAAGAUCGACGUCAGCCAUCCCACGGACUAGAGCCUUCUCCCUCUCCUCAGAUGCGAGAGGAAAAACUUAAAGAGGUUUACACUGCUGCAUUUCAAUAAAAUUUUAUACUUGCUUUUGGUA